UUUUCUCGAUCUGCAACUCUAGAGCCUAGCAAUUGAUCAUACGAUCUAAUGGAUUUGAAUCGCGAUAUACAUUAAUAAUCGCGAAAGAUCAGCACAUGUUUGCAGCGAAUUGGAGCAGAAUACUGCGAUGCGACGAAAUGCAGCUGAAAUUUCAACCUCGGUCGUACACAGAUUCUGUACGGACUGGUGUGGGGAACUAAUAAAGCCCUGCGCUGAAUCAGAAUGAGAUUGCCACCUGCAUAGUGCAACAGACGGGGAAAAUCUUAUGCCAAGCCACCUGAAGUAUGACGGCUGAAAGCUAUUGCCUACUUUCACCUCCAUGUAAACUUCGUAUGUAUGCAAUUUUGUAAGGGGUAAAUUGAGCGAUCAGCACAAUUCGGUAAAAAGCACCUCCCCUAUUUUAGUCCUGGAAGUUCUCCGAUCGUACAUUAUUUUAUAAUUCGCACGACUGAAAGUUCUAAACAGUCCUAAAAGCUAGGGUUCUUUUAUUUCAACUUCAAUGAUGUGGCCGUUCAAACCCCAAACUUCUAAAACGCAGGAUGAGUACAGAGAACCAAGGUUUUUGGAAUUCCGCUCAUCCCGAUGGUUUAUUGUUAGCACAAUCUGUGUUGCAUCCUUUAGUGACUCUUUCAUAUACGGAGUUGUUAUUCCAGUUCUUCCAAAUGAACUGGAACGUCGGAUUGGAAUUACAGAUGAGGACCUCGAGUUCUGGAAUUCUAUGCUUUUAACAGCAUUCGGCCUUGCCCAAUUAAUAGCGAGUCCGCUUUUUGGCUACUAUGCUGAUCGCAGUUCAUCGCGACGAACACCUUUACUCCUGGGAUUCUUCUCCAAUGCAGCUGCCACGGCUGUCUUAUAUUUUGCACAGAAUGUUUGGAUACUGGCUCUCAGCCGUUUUCUUCAGGGACUCUCGGCAGCUGUAGUAUAUACAGUCGGAUUUGCUCUGCUUGCAGACACUGUUGGCUCGAAGGAUAUUGGACAAUGGAUGGGAUACGUCAUUUCGAGUCUCAACAUUGGAAUGCUGAUCUCCCCAACCAUAGGCGGCAUAAUGUAUGCAGGACUUGGUUAUGGAUCACUAUUCAUCGUAAUGUUUAUUCUUAUUGUGAUCGAUAUCGUUAUGCGUUUGUUCAUGGUUGAGAAAAAAGUUGCCGCGAGGUUGAAAAUAGAUAAGGCUGUAUUUGAAACACACACGUACGGGACUUUUCAGCAAAGUGUUAACAAUGCCAUUUUCGAACAACAAAAUUCGUCUUCACCUUCCACCAGCGACAUAGCCUCUGAGCCACUGCUUGGGAACAGCCAAAAUCAACCUCCACCAGCAGACAACAAGGAGCAUCCAAUAGCCUUAGUAACUCUGUUAAAGUCCCCACGUAUAUGGGCUGAUUUGUACGGUGUUUGGGUGACUGUAUUUCUCCUCGCAAGCUUCGAUGCAGCUCUCCCAAUAUUUGUGGAACGAAAGUUCAACUGGGACUCAACCGGUGCUGGCUUAAUCUUCUUGACGAUAACAUUUCCCAUAUUUUUAGCCCCGAUAGCUGGUAGACUCUCUGAUGUCUAUCCUUCUCGAUGGCUAACAGCAUCAUACUUCAUCUUAUCUGCCGUCUUCACUGUCUUGCUCGUCUUAAUACAAAGAGAUAGCACUGAUCAGAUUGCUGGACUUGCUAUCCUUCUUACACUUUAUGGUGUCGCCAGAGUCUUCGGUUCAUCACCAUUGGGUGCUGACUUGAGUCGAGCUGUAGCAAGUAUGGAGAAAGAGACACCGGGCAUUUUCGGUAAAACGGGAGCUAGCGGUCAAGUUUUCUCCUUAUAUACUAGUGCUAGUGCAGCGGGAGUUCUUGCCGGUCCUGCUUGGACGAGUUACGCUUUUGGAGAAAGAAGUUGGAUAUUUUUUGUUUCCAGUCUUGGAAUCUUGACAGCAACUGUUGCAAUACCAGUUAUCCUAUUCACAGAAUCCGAAAAAUCGGCAAAGAGAAACGACGUAGAAGUGGCGGCUGCAGAAUAG